UGAGCUUGGGCUCCAGGUGCAAACGCCGCAAUCCGGGUCAGGCUGUCCAGGCGGGCCGCGCCUAUAUAUACAUUGGCUCCAGCGGCGGCGCUCACAGUGUGCAGACAGCUACCAUGGCCGCCCUCGCGCUCCCUGUGAUCCUAGCGUGCUUGUCGCGCACGGCGCUGGCCGGCGUGUUCGGUCUGCCCCCCUUCGCGUACGUGGCGCCGCCGCUGCCCUACUACCAGCACUACUCCGCUCAACCGGCAGUGGCGACGCACUACUCGGCCCAGCCCGCAGUCGCCACUCACUACUCCGCCCAGCCCGCCAUCUCGCAGACGCACUACUCGUACUCGCCUCCGCCGGAGAACCGCUUCCAGGGCUUCUACUACCGCACCGCUUUCCUCGACGGCUCCGCUGACAGCCAGGUGCUGUUCGUGACCGGGCCGGAGGUGCGUCAGCUGCUGAGCGAGGCGUCGCAGUUUACGCGGCUGCUGGCGUCUGGCGGGGCGGAGAACGCGACAGAUGGGGGCCCCGCCUUCAGGUCGCUGGCGGAGCGAGCCAAGGCCGCCGCGGAGAGCUCCGUGGUGUUCCCGGCGGCCACUGCGCCGCUGCUGGGCGGCUCCAUCCCGCUGGACGCUUUCCUGCCGCCGUGGGCGCGCGGCCUGCCCGACGCAGCCGCCGGUGCCGACGCAGCCGCUGGCGGCGACGCUGACAAUUCCACGAGUUCCAGCACACAGGACAGCGCCGCACCUGCCGAGGCUGGUCCAAACUCCGAAGCGAGUAGCCGCUCCGAAGUGAUCGUGCCGGCGGUAGAGACCAACAGCAUCGCCGAUACACCCCAGCCGGUUCCCGACGUGGCCGUCUCCUCCACUUCGGCUCCAGCUGUGGAACUGGCAGCCAGCCCAUCCGCACCCGUCGCCUCCGAAGCAGCCUCUGCGGCACCGAGUACCGAACCGGCAUCGCCUUCACCCAGUACAGAAGUGGCACCCGCUUCCAGUAGUACCGAAAUGGCACCCGCUUCCAGCAAUACCGAGGUGGCACCCGCUUCCAGCAGUGAAGCCACAGUAUCCAGCACUGAAGCGCCACCCUCCGAAUCUGGCGGAGAAACUACUUCGCCUGCUGCUGUAGACAGCGGAGCGAGUCCAGUCGCCACAGAACCCAGUCCCAUUGCUUCUGUCGAUACUACUGCCUCUACAAGUGCCCCUGCUGCCGCGGAAGAAGCUUCGACCUCCACCGGAUCAUCGGAAGUCACUCCAUCUGUUGUCGUUAUCACUGAGGCUUCUUCUGGUGACUCAACUGAAAACGGUGGAUCCACACCCGCCUCUACCGAACGUGUUCCGUCCGAAUCUUCUGAAACUACCAGCCCGGACAGCGUUUCCAGCACCACUGCCCCUCAAGGAUCAGCUGAAACGAGUACAUCCUCAGAGGCAGCUAGUGACAGCUCCGAAUCUACCACUAACUCUAGCAGUGGUACGGAGCAAUUAGCGACGAGUUAGGUCUAAUACCUACCUGUAACGGUUUGUGAUCAAAGUGACAAGGCGAGACGAGAUGCAAAGCCCAAUCUAUCCGUCGCUAACACAGCUUUCAGUUGAAGUUUAAAUUGCCUUUCGAUUGUCUUGUCAAAGCGUCGGUCUCAUACACUGAGGUCCAAGGGAUCACGGGAAAGGUUUGGGCAGUGUACCCUUUCGGCUCUGAAUCAAUCUAACAUCAAAUAAAAUUUGAUAUAUUAAAAUGCAUAUGUAUCCUAUGGUUCUCGUGAUACAGACCGUCAAAUAUAUAUUUAUUUGUGUCAUCCAAAA